GGCUGAAUCGUCGGCGGCAACGGCUCAAGGUCGUCGGUGCAUAACGGCAGGCCUUGCGGUUGCCGAGACUUUAUUUUUUGCAACUACGCUGCUGUGAGCACAUUGAUCCGCAGCGAUGGCGCCAGCAUCCGCCGGCAGCGCCCGUAGCGACGCCCUGGCGCUAGGCCUCUCCCUGGGCGCCGCGGCGACAAGCGCCUACGUGCUGUGGAAGACGACGCAGGAGCCGAAGCAAGCGCCGAAGGACAAGCAAUUAGAAAAAAAACUCAAGCAGCAGGCGCGCUCGCGCAAGAUCGAAUCCCUGAUCAUGGAGCGCGGCCAGGCCGGCACGAAGGACUACCGCGUCCACGUCCUCGCCAAGGGCGAGGAGGACAUGACGGUUGCGGAGUUAAGUCUGUGGCACGACGUGCCCCUCGUGGCCGAGGGCGGCCUGUUUAACUCGGUGCGGAAAUCAACCAGUGCGUCAGGCCGGCCUGGAGGUAUUAUUUACUAUUCUGGCCGCCUCGACGCAGCGCGAGAGUUCUUGGCGUCCUCGCACGAGGCGUCUCACCCGAACGUUUGAUGAUUUCCGCACAGGUUUAACUUUAUAUGCGAAAUUCCCAAGUGUACUAGAAAAAAGUUCGAAGUGGCGACGACGGAAGGCGCGACGCCGAUUAAGCAAGACGAGAAGAAGGGCGUCUUGCGCGAAUUUAAAAAAGGAGACAUCUUCUUCAACUACGGCUGCUUCCCGCGGACGUGGGAGGACCCGCGCCACGUCUCGCCAGACACGGGCUACCCGGGCGACAACGACCCGUUGGAUGUUUGUGCGUGUCUGCGUCCGGCUCAUGGAAGCGCCAUCGCGUCGACGGCGUCGCCGCCGCGAGAGAGAACGGCGGAAUCGUCGCGUCGAUGGCGCACACCUCGCAGGCGAGAUCGGCCUGCGCCAGGUCCAGACGGGCGAGAUCCGGCCGGUCAAAGUAUUGGGUGUCUUGGCAAUGAUUGAUGAUGAUGAGACGGAUUGGAAGGUCGUGGCCAUUGACGCGGAAGACCGCUGGGCGCCGGAACUCAACGAUAUUAACGACGUCGAGCGCCUCAUCCCGGGCACCGUCUCGCUCAUAAGGGAGUGGUUCCGCACCUACAAGAUCCCCGACGGCAAGCCGCCGAACAAAUUCGCCUUAGACGAGAAGUGCAUGGGCGCCAAGUACGCCCACAAGGUCAUCCACGAGACGCACACGUUCUGGUGCGACCUCGUCCAGAAGCAGCUGGGCGACGACUUCGGCUUCCAGCUGCCGAAGCUCGAGACGCUGCGCGGCGUGGCGAACGACUCGAAGAUGGUGCGCAAGAUCUCGAACCCGGACCUGACAAAGUUAGGGUGAAUUCGUACGCCCUGUGCUUAUCUCUAUCUGCUUGUGUAAUAUCUAUGAAAUCGA